GGCACAUGAGCAGGCAAGAGUUGGGAAGUUAGUUCUGUUGGAUGGCAACACUGAGAUCUCCUCUUUGCAUAUGACAUGAAUCUAUAUAUCUCUGUUUAUCAGCUGUGGGAGGAAAUGAAGUUGAAUCAUCUGGCUAAAUAUGGGGCAAUAACUGCGGCUACAGUUAUUAGUCUGGCUGUGUUGAGAAAGUGGAUUGCAGGUGGAGUUUGCUACAGUCGUGUGCGAUUAGAUGGCAGGACUGUUGUCAUCACUGGUGCCAACACUGGCAUUGGAAAAGAGACAGCACAGGAUAUGGCUAAGAGAGGAGCACGUGUCGUGAUGGCUUGUCGAGACCUCUCAAGGGCAGAGAAGGCUGCAGAAGAGAUACGCAGCUCCACAGGAAAUGGUAACGUGGUGGUACGGCAUUUGGACUUGGCCUCCUUCUUCUCAGUACGACAGUUUGCACAGGAAUACAUUGCCACAGAAGACCGAUUGGACAUACUAAUCAACAAUGCUGGAGUGAUGAUGUGUCCCCACAGUCUAACAGUGGAUGGCUAUGAAACUCAGUUUGCUGUCAAUCAUUUGGGCCAUUUCCUCCUGACUGUUUUGCUCCUGGACAUGCUGAAGACAUCAGCCCCUAGCCGCGUAGUCAACGUGUCCAGCAUUGCUCAUAAAGGGGGAAAGAUUCGCUUUAAUGAUCUCAACUUCAUCAGAACACCAUAUGACUCCUUGGUUAGCUACAAGCAGAGCAAACUUGCAAACGUGCUGUUCACCAGAGAGCUAGCACGUCGGACCAAAGGAUCUGGAGUAACAGUGUAUGCACUGCACCCUGGAGUGAUCCACACUGAAUUGGGCCGGUAUAUCCAGACACGCUACCCUGUGCUCAGCACCCUUUUAUUCAUUCCUGCCCUCCUCCUGAUGAAGACCCCUAAGCAGGGAGCUCAGACCUCUAUCUACUGCGCUGUUACAGAGGGGCUGGAAAACUACAGUGGCUGCUACUUUAGUGAUUGUCAGCUGAAGGAGCCAGCACCGGAGGCUAAAGAUGACGUUGCUGCAGUCAGACUUUGGGAUGUGAGUUCUCAACUGGUAGGCUACAAAGAAGAAGACUGACAUCAGCCAGGAUCCAAAGAAACAGUGAUCUUCCAUCACCAUCAUAUGCCUGCAGUGUAUUUCUGUUUUGUUCUUAACAUCAGUUUGUUCUGUCUUAAAGAUCAGGCUUCUCUGUUCCUAUGUUUUUAAAUUAGUUUAAAGGUUCCAGUAAACAAAAUCAUCAGAUACGUGGUACAGUUCAUAAAACUUCAUAAAACUUGACAUUUAUUUUGUUGAAUUAAACUCCCAGACUCAGA